AGGCUCCUGAAGGAGGAUCUGAGAGAUGAACGGUUUCAUGAACUCUACUCCACUCAGUGAACCCCACCUCAGAGCCCCCCCUCCCCCACACUGUCCCUCUACCCCCACUUUCUGCACAGAGUCUGCCUCCUUCCCUGGCUUCAUCACCCGGGUAGAUGGCCUGUUAAGAAGAAAAACGAACAAGUCAACCAAUUCGGCUCUCCGUUUAUCUAGGCACGAAUAUUCAGUGCAACUUGGUCCUGGAGCUCAGUUACAUCUUAAUCUGUGAGAACAAAGUUGGCAGCCUUCUCUAUCUUGUGAUUUACGGGCUCUAGAAAGACCCCAAAAUGCCUCUUCCACCAAACUAUCCAACCUCCCAUAACCUCACAGUGUGGUUUUGUGAUCUGUACCCUCGUGGGGGUGUUAGAGCUGACUUUACCAGAUUAUGGAGAUAAAACCCCUUCAUUUAUAGAUACAGACGGAGGUGGAGGCCCAGAAAAGGGAAGUCACAUGUCCUACGUCACACAAGUAGCCACUGAACCAAGACAGCUCUUUAGGUUUCCAUUUCCUUCACUAUAAGAUGAAGGCGAUUAAUUAGAGGUUAGACCAGAUGGACUCUGAAGGUCCUGCCCACCACCUCUGCUUUGCAGAAAUUAAACUGCCUCCCCAUCUGUGCCAUUUUCUUCUUUAACUGUCACAGUGAGCUGCCCUACCGAUAGCACUGAUGCUGUAACUGUGUUUUACCCAGUCUGUCCAAAUAGGUUCAUUGGGGACAUCAUUGUAUCGACCCCACGUCCAGCUGCCAUUCUGCCCACACACAUCGUUCCGUUGGGUCUCAGGCUCUUUCAACCUUUCAGAGGCUUCUGCUAAGAUACCUAUACCCUUGGGAAAAGGAGUAUUUGAGUCUGGACUAUUGGCUGGUCCCUGAGCACCAAUCCACCUGUUAAACUGAGGCUUCUCAUAAAGUCACCCAGUAGAGACGUUGCAGGCCUGGAAUUGAGGGACAGCAGUCAGAUAUCCCUUGGCCAUGGCAUAGUUCCUGUAACUGCUACUCUAGACUGGCCAGACCCAGCUGCCGCAGGGAGGGGAAGGGGAAAUGGGAGGGGGUUAGCAACUACAGCAAGGCUAUUGCACAACACUUGGGGCCCCAGCCUUGGGAGAUCCACCCUGGUUCUGAAGAGUUUUCUGGGUGUCUGAUUCCUUCCUUUCCUCCCUUGUCCCCUGCUUUCCAACUCUGGGCCUUCCCAGCUCCCAAAGUCAAUACUGAGACCUGAGAUGUGUCCAGAGACACCCUGAAGAGGCUGAGGGACUGAGGAGCCCGGGGGCACCCACAGGAAGAUUCCUGAAGCUGACUGGGCGCCACAGAGGAUCUACCUGUUAUUUGAUACAGGAGGGCUUUGGAACUGGUCAGUGAACACUUGAGUAUUUGGCCUAUGGAGAAGUCACUGAAGUAGCCAUCUUUACUGGAGCCCGCUGAGGGAAGAACACCCAGCCAGUCACAAGAGCAUCCUCCAGUUCUUUGCCCAUUUGGAUCCCUGUUGCUAUGGAGACCACCAACGGGACCGAGACCUGGUACGAGAGCCUGCACGCAGUGCUGAAGGUUCUAAAUGCCACUAUUCACAGCAAUUUGCUCUGCCGGACAGGGCCAGACAGCCUGUCUGAGGGGCGGAGGGCCAACCUACCUGGCCGUGAUGACAACUCCUACAUGUACAUUCUCUUCGUCAUGUUUCUAUUCGCUGCCACCGUGGGCAGCCUCAUCCUGGGAUAUACCCGCUCCCGCAAAGUGGACAAGCGCAGUGACCCCUACCAUGUGUACAUCAAGAACCGUGUGUCUAUGAUCUGAGGCUACGGGGCUGGGAAGGGCAGCAUAUCAAGACACCAGAACCCAGUUAUGGACCACAUCAGGCCUCAGUGUCCCCAUCUGUAAGAUCAACGAGAAACAGUCCUAAGGGAGGUCAUCAUUAGAGUGGGAGGAGAAGGGCUGGCAGAGCUGCGCCUUAUGGAUAAAGAUAUUUUUCCCCCAGUAAGGGUAGACUGUAUAGACAAUGGGAGCCCCGUGAACAAAUAUA